AUGGCUAGCUGCCAAAAAUCGAUUUUUCUUGGCCGGUUGACAACUUUUACCGAUUCAAAUAUAUCACCGACUAGCCUAAUUUUUUCCAGCAAAAUGAGCUCCCGCACCUUGAGAUCCAGUUCCAGUUCCAAUGCUAUCAGCACCAAGACCCAGCCGAAAACUGAAGAGGCUCCACUGAUUCCUGUCACCAAAGGCCCAGUAAUCCGAAUGACCUCCAACAUGGCCGACAAGGCCCAAAAUGACCACUCCAUGUGGCCCUCGACAUCGAAAUUUGAAUCGAUUUGGGGAAAUGUAUUGGGGGAGCGGGUGAAUAAGAGCACCAUCGCAGCUAUCAGAGAGGGAAUGAAAAUCGAGAAUAAGGUAACCUGUGGCUGCAGGCCAGGCCAAGACUGCUCCACCAAUCCAGCGUGCCGCUGCUUCCAGACGGCUUCAAGGCUCCGCGAGCACUUUGGGAGCGAUAUUUUGACCCGAGGGAAGCCUGUGAAAACCGUCGACACUAUGUAUUGGGAUCGACCGAUGUUUGCGUGCUCGGGGAGCUGCGGAUGCAAAGGACAAUGCAAUUUGAACGCUCUUCAAGACAUUUGCGAAGACCCGGCAAAGAAAUUCAAGAUCACAAGGACCGACGGAAAAGGUUUCUGCGUCUACUCCGCGAGGGUUAUCAAGAAAGGAUCCCCCGUUCUGGAGUUUUCUGGAGAAAUUACAGAUUACCUAGCGAUAAAGAGCAACGCAGAUAUUGAGCAAUAUUCCAUAAUGCUUUAUAACAAUGAAACGAAGCUUUGUGAUUUCUUUAGUAAGGAGGAAAAUCUUAGCUCCAAGUAUAAAAAGAUUUUGUGGAGCGCGUAUCGAUCAAAAGCCUGGAUCAACCCGCUGAACAGAGGCAAUUGUGCUAGGUUUUUCUCCCAUGGGUGCAAAGCGAACAUGGAGCUUGGGAGAGUUUUCCAAGGCGGUUUUUCUCCAGCCGACAUGAAAAUCGUCCUGUUUGCGAAGGAAAUCAUCAAGCCGGGAACCGAGCUCACGUUUAACUACGGGCCCAGUUAUAAGGAGAUCUUCCUGGGUAAUAAGUGUCUCUGCGAGGCUUGCAAGAAGGAAGCUGUGAAGAAACUGGAGAACGCUGUGAAAAGAAUCCUGAAAAAUUCUCGAGACCCUAGUGAGCCCCCGAGCAAGAAAAAAAGCGUGAAAAAGUUAGAUGGUAAGGAGAAUGUACGCUAAUAAGAUUGAUAAUUGAUAAUUGAUAAUGAUUAACUAAUAAAUACUGUAUUUC